AUCAGGACAUAAACACAUAGACACACGUUCAACUAGACGUGCAAACACAUCUUGGAGAAGAGACAAUAUAACAAACUAAGGAUUGUAUCACCACUGCCUGUCAGAGGAGUCAUGACCAAGGAGAUUGAGGCUCUCAUGGUACAACAGAACGAGAGUUUCAACUACUUGAGGUAUUCAGACAAUUACGCUAUGGACUCUUGGCCUUACGAGGAUGAAAUCAGCAAGAGUAAACCCAGACUUCAGUCAGAUGAAGACCUGGCUAUUGAUAUCUUCUAUGACCACUGCAAGACCCCAAAAGAGCCGAUGAUGACGUGUACCCGUGGUAGCAGCAUGUACAAAUCCAGAGAGGAGAGGACACCGAACAGCUCUUCCCCUGAGCUGGCCACACUGGAGAACGCUCAGAUCAUGAAAAUUCUCUCUGACAAUAUUUCCUUCAGCCACAUAAAGCAACCAUUAGCGAGCACUGAAAGCUUCCCAGUCAACAUCAACAACAUCUUGGAGUCCCUCCUCCCCCCACAGUCACAGAAAUCAUGGCAAUCUCACCCAAACUUUCUCGAGGUCACCCCUGAGCCUCUUAGCAACCGCAGUGCUUUUGUGGGACAGGCAAGCCCUGUAUACUCCUACCCCAACUCUUCUCCAGAGAGAUACAGGAAUGACUUCCAAUUCGUUCUUGGCUCCCCACAAGCUUCCCAGCACAAAACUACAGAAAUACCCAUGGUGUACCUCAACAAGGGCCAGUUUUACCCCAUCACGCUGCAGGGAGUGGACAGCACUGCUGGGGUGUCAUGCAGUAAAGUAAAAACGGUGAUCAUGGCUGUGUUUGAGAAUGACAAGAGUCCCGAGAUGCAGCUAAAGUACUGGAACCACUGGCACGCUCGACAGCCUACCGUCAAACAAAGAGUCAUUGAUAUCGCUGACUACAAGGAAGUUUUCAGUGGAGUGAGCAACUUGGAAGAGGUUGCUUUCAACGCUCUGUCCUUUAUCUGGAACACCAAUGAAGAAGCAAAGGUGCACAUUGGCAUCAACUCUCUGAGCACUGACUUCUCCUCACAGAAGGGGGUCAAAGGUCUUCCUCUGAAUCUUCAGAUCGACACGUAUGAUUUCAGCUCAGGGAACAACCGUCUUAUUCACAGAGCUGUUUGUCAGGUCAAGAUCUUCUGCGAUAAGGGUGCUGAGAGGAAGAUGAGAGACGAGGAGAGGAAGAGAAGCAAGAGGAGGACCAAAAAUGUUGCAGACUCCAGCAACAAUGGUUGCAAACAGUCCCUAGUCUCAAGCUCUGUUGGAAAGGACUCUACCUACUUUAAAACUCUUGAUGAUCACGUCACACAACCUGUUUUAUUCAUCCCAGAGAUGCACUUCAGCACCAUGCAGCGCUGUGGCCUGGUGCCCCCUGUUAGCCUGGAAGAAAUGGACAAGACAUCACGGAAACGUGUCAGCAGCUACGCAGACGUUGGUGACCAGAGCAGCUCACCUCCAAGCAAACAAGCCCGCCAAGACGAGCAACAGAGAGUUUUACUCUAUGUCAGACGAGAGACCGAGGAAGUAUUUGAUGCCCUCAUGCUGAACACGCCAACCCUCAAGGGCCUGAGAGAAGCGAUUUCAGAAAAGUACGGUAUGCAAGAAGACACCAUUGGGAAAAUCUUCAAGAAGUGCAAAAGAGGGAUCUUUGUGAACAUGGACGACAACAUUAUUGAGCAUUACAGCAACCACUCUGCCUUCCUCAUCGAGAUCACUGAAAUUAUGAUCAGCCACUUCCAGAUCACACUAAUGGAGUUAUAAAUGACAUCAUCCCCUUGCCACACCACACCUGGUUCUGCUGGCAGCUUCUCUCGAUCGAAAAGCACGACUGUGAGCCAGAUUCUGCGGUGCCAGAACUGUCGCUAUGGAAACAGACAAGCUCACCUGCCGGUUAAAUCAUAAUCAGUUUCUACAGACAUGUCAAUAUUGACCCUUGUAAAUACCAGUUACCUCUUUUGUACCUUUUGUAUUUUAUCUACAACUAUUUUAUAACAUGAGCAAUUAUGAUCAACAAGGUACAUUGUAAAUAUUAAUUGUAAAUAGACAUAAUUAUCAUAAUAUUGUGUGUUGACAUGAUUUUUAAAAAGUUAUAUGUUAUUAUUUCAACGACAAACUUGCCUUUUUAAUGCUGCCUCUUUGCUGCUUAUGAUAGGCCUAUCAUUUCUUGGACAGGACGUGAGGUGUUUGUAUCACUUUAUGGUUCGCAUGUUUAUGAAUCUUUCCGCGUGUUACUUAAGCAUACUUCCAGUUAGGGUGCUGUAACUAUCAGUCUUAGUUUCACAUCUGAAACGCGCUACAAACACACACAAGCGUCUUAGACUUUUAAGUCGAACAUUUCUCCCCCUAAAGAGCUGUGUAUCUGUCAGUGUUUCGAUCAUCACAUUUUGAAAACUGGCUGUAAGGGUUGUCAGGACAACCGGCCAUUUGUCCUCCGACAUUUAAACAAGUUCGGACGAACCACUGCAAUAUCGAACUUGCCCAAACAUCAGAUAACGCUGACUUCAUUUUGUGGCGUUUGCUUCACAAAACUUUUAAUUUCAAAUUACAUUUCAAAUGCAUUGUGUUUCUGUCAAACAAUAUUGAUAUACUAAAGCUGUGUUUCCUUUUUUUACUGCCUUUGCUUUUGUAAGGAAAAUAAAAUCAAAAUCAAAAAUCCAUAA